CCGUCCCUGGCUUGCAAAUUUAUCGCCAUUUUUAGUUUUAUAUUUACAACACACACAACGUUUUGUUAUUAUCAGAUAGCGUCCUGUAAGUCGUAUGUGGGGUUUUAAUUGAGCAGUCAAGGUGCCAUUUCUAGCAUGAGAAUUGGCGCAUUCCAUGUGACAGUGCAAGCUGAGCGGGAACAGCUCUGUUAUUCGCCUAUUUGUUCAGCAGUUGUCGUUUCUCAUCUGGCCGCCAAUUGAACCAUAAACAACAAAACAAUAAAAACAAAAAAAAGCGCGCGGGACAUCAAAAAUUUGUUAAGCGUCAUUUAAUUAAUAUCCGGCAAUCAUGUCACAGAAUAUAAAAAUAUCAAGUGCCAACAAUAAUUCAAGGCCAAAUUCAGAAUUAAAGAGCCUACUCACAAAUUUCAGUGAGGUCAUAAAUGGCAAGGAGGCUCUGAAUGAUUUAGAUGCAUUCGUGUCCAAUGCCGUGCAGUAUGUUAGCAUGGAUCCAACUGUCUUCGAUAGUCUCUUGCCGCGCUCGGAGAACGACUGUGUACAAAAGAUAAUGUCACUGCUGAACUCGAGGUCCAAUUUACAGGAUGGAUUGCUGCCUGGAGAGAUAUUUCAGGAGCGCUAUAAUGACUCCACAGAAGGGAUUAACGAUCCUCGUCUGCGAGACCUUCUGGCCAAUCUUCUGCUAUCCAGCUUACAGGAUGAUCCACAGUAUCACAUAAAUGAAAUGACAUUGUUGCCAUUUCAUCACAGAAAACUGGCUAUCAAAUCGAAUUCGAUUUCCAGCCAAAAUGGCAAUGGAAUCAAUGGACUCAAAUCCUUGGCUCGUUGCAGUUAUGAUCCCACACAACGUAGCAUCGGCCUGGGACACCAGCCAAUGCCCAACUAUAUGCUGGAGUUGUCAAAGCAAAAGAAUGUCGAUAUCGUUCACGAUAUUGUCCAGAAUGCGAUAUAUUCGUUUAUGGGAGCACAGGGAAAGUACCUGAAGAAGGAUGUGAUUACGGGACGCUUCAAGUUGGAUCCGCAGAACAUGAAGAGCCUAACGGUCGAGCAAGCCGGCAUGCUGUUUCGUCUGUCCGAGCUGGGCUACUAUCAUGAUCAGGUCACGACAUUCUCAAAUAUAUCAACCGGCUACAAUGCAAUGGGUUGCAUGGGACAGGCAUUCAUCGCCAAGCUGAAGCUGGAACUGAACGAUUUCCAUGGUCAGGUGGCUGAGCUGCAUGAUAUGCUCAAUAAAUAUCGUCAGUCGCAGUCGCAGGAUUAUGCGAAUCGCGAACAGAGCUGGAUGAACAGGCAACGGAAGCCAAUGACGUUACUGAAGCUUCUCACCUGGUAUAUUGAGCCACUGCAUCGCAUGCAAUGGUUAACCAAGGUCGCGAAUGCCUGCCAAUUGAAGAAGGGCGGCGAAUUGGCAUCCGUCAUAUAUGGAUUUCUCAAUAAUGGUGAUCCUACGGUCGAUAAAUUGGCCAGUGAUAUGUUAACCGUCUGUUGUACUCCCUUGGUGCGAAUGAUCUCAAAGUGGAUGCUCGAGGGGAACAUUAACGAUAGCUACGGCGAGUUCUUUAUCGAAUCCCUUCCAGAGGUCGGUGCAGAUCGACUCUGGCAUGAUAAGUUUCGCCUGCGGCUCAACAUGCUGCCCAAAUUCAUCUCCCUCGAGUUGGCUGACAAGAUUCUCAAGACGGGAAAGAGCAUCAACUUCCUGCGGGAAAUAUGCAAAAUUGAUGAAGCUGUCAAGGGUCGAGAGGAGCUCAAGGAUAUCAUUGACAAUCGUGGUAAGUUCUCUCCCGGCACAUCCAACUGGCAUCUAUUUAUGUAUAUGUAUGUUUCCCCAGUUUCCCAGAUCUUCUCCUUUGUGCCUGAUACCAGCUGGCAUGCGGCCAUCGAGACUUGUUACUCCCAAACGUCCAAGCAUGUGCUGGACAUUAUGGUGGGACCACAUAAGCUGUUGGUUCAUCUGCAAGGAAUGCGACGCUAUCUGCUGCUUGGUCAGGGCGACUUUGUCAGCAUCUUCAUCGAGAACAUCAAGGACGAACUGGGGAAGCUUGGCACCGACCUCUACUCACACGAUUUGUCCUCUAUGCUGGAUGCUGCACUGCGUUCCACAAAUGCCCAGUACGAUGAUCCAGAGAUCCUCAAUCAUUUAGAUGUGGUUGUUAAGACGCCAUUUGCCGGUGAUUGCGGCUGGGAUGUCAUCUCAUUGCAGUACACAGUCCGUGGUCCUUUGGCCACCAUGCUGGAACCUGCCAUGCCCACGUACAAGACGCUUUUUAAGCCACUGUGGCGCAUGAAGCACAUGGAAUUCGUGUUGUCCACAAAGAUAUGGAAGGAGCAGAUGGGGAAUGCCAAGGCACUGCGCGCAUUAAACGGCGAGAUUGGCAAAGUCACCUACAGAUUGCAUCUGUUUACGGCGGAAAUCAUGCACUUUGUACACCAGAUGCAGUAUUAUGUGCUCUUUGAGGUGAUUGAAUGCAGCUGGGUGGAGUUACAGAAGCGCAUGCAGCAGGCAACUGCACUGGAUGACAUUCUGGAUGCACACUCAAAGUUCCUGCAUGCGAUCAGCAUUGGAUGCUUUGUGAAAUCAUCUAAGAACGUGGAAAUCCAUCUAGAGGUGGUGUACGAUAGUAUCAUUAGCCUGGUGAAUACACAAUCGCAGUUUUAUGACGAUUGUUUCCAGGAGCUUGCUGCCCGCCAGCAAAUGGCCCAAACAAUUGCCGAUUCGGAACGUAGUGGAAGUUUUGGAUUGACCACUGUACAAAAGAUGGAACGUGACCAGGAGCGUAAGAUCUUUGAGCAGAAGGUGCUCACCUUCUGUCGCAACCUUGAGGAUUAUGCCAAUGCCUACGGCAAAGCUGUCGGAGGCUUUCUCCUGGCGCUCAACUCCAGCUCCGAUCCGAAUCUUCAGCUGUUCGGCACGCGUCUGGACUUUAAUGAAUACUACAAGAAGCGGGACACAAAUCUCAGCAAGCCGUUAACCUUCGAGCACAUGCGCAUGAGCAAUGUGAUGGGCAACUCCAAGGGUCUCACAGCAGGACGCUACAGUAUGAAUCCGCACCCAACCACUGCACAGUUUGGUCACAUGGCUCUGGACUAACGAUUAUGUCAAGCACAUGACAAUCAUCAAACGCUUUGCAUCAGUGCCAAUAACAACAACUACGAGUAUAUAUUUAACAAAAGUUGCGGGCAAAUAGCUUCAAAUUGCUGCGAAAUUCUCUAAAUCGGGUUUAAUCAUAAUGUAAUUAAUUCAUAUAUACGAGUAUAGUUAAUGGGCGACUGCACGCAAGCUACCUGCAAACUGAAUUAUUGUUGUUACAAACGAAAUUCGUUUUUAAAUCUGUAUCACAAUUUUCCAAUUGAUUUGAAAUUGUGUCCAAGUCGUGACAGUAUUAAGCAAUUAAUUAUUGAACACUUAACUAUUUGUUUAUCUUUCGCACAAUCACAAUUUAAGUAUAUAGUUUAUAAACAGACAGCGCAAAGCGUUGUUAUCGAAUAUGCAUAUAUUUUAUACAUCUAGAUUUAUCUUAUCUUUGUCCUUCUCCGCUGAAUUUUUUGUAUCGUUUAAUCACAACUUACGGCCUUUAAAAUCGGCUUCAUCUGCACCAUUCAAGAAAAUCCUCCAUCUAAUCAAAAAGGCUUGGUAUUGUCACUUUCCUGUUUCUGCCAUUAAUUGUUAAUGCUAACUACAUUUUGUUAAACUAUCAAACUUAACUAAACUAAAAAGAUUUUAAUCAUAAGGCAAGCUCAAAUUUUAGGGAUUUAAUGCCAUAUAUGGAAUGUUGCCAUUUGCUAUGGAAAGGUAAAAUUAAUGAAGCGAUUUUAAAUGUUAAUAUUAUAAAAGCCAAUCUAAACUAAUUCUAAAUAAAUAAAUUGUUAUGAAUUUUGAAAUUA